UGUUAAGUCUCUACUGCCAUAUACCACAGUUAAAGAAGAAGAAGAAGAAGACGAAGAUGGAAAUGCAUAAUAGAGGAGGAGCUAUCAUGGUUUUGAAUUUGGUGUGUGUGUGUGGAUUACUAUUUUUAUAUGGUGGGAAUGCUCAGGACACUCUUGUUCCGGCGGUCAUUACUUUUGGUGACUCCGUUGUCGAUGUGGGGAACAACAACUAUCUCCCCACUCUUUUUAAGGCUAAUUACCCUCCUUAUGGAAGAGACUUCGUUAAUCACCAACCCACCGGAAGAUUUUGCAAUGGAAAACUGGCCACUGACCUCACUGCUGAGACUUUAGGCUUCAAGACUUACGCACCUGCAUAUCUUAGCCCAGAAGCAUCAGGGAAAAAACUUCUUAUUGGAGCCAACUUUGCUUCAGCUGCAUCUGGUUACGACGAGAAUGCUGCUAAUCUAAAUCACGCAAUCCCAUUGUCCCAGCAAUUAAAGUAUUUCCAAGAAUACCAGACAAAGCUAGCUAAAGUAGCUGGCCAGAGUAAAGCUAAAUCCAUUAUUAAAGAAGCUCUUUAUGUACUGAGCGCUGGCAGUGGUGACUUUGUCCAGAACUACUACGUCAAUCCUUUAGUCAACAGAGCCUACACUGUUGAGCAAUACAGUGCCAUGCUCAUUAACUCAUUCACAACCUUUACUAAGGGCUUGUAUGGUUUGGGGGGAAGGAAACUUGGAGUGACUUCACUCCCUCCAUUGGGUUGUCUUCCAUUAGCAAGAACCUUAUUUGGGUAUCACCAAAGUGGGUGUGUCUCUAAGCUCAACACAGACGCCCAAGCAUUUAAUAAGAAGUUGAACGCUGCUGCUGCCAGUCUCCAAAAGCAAUACCCUGAUCUUAGACUUGUUAUCUUUGAUAUUUACAAGCCUCUUAACGAUGUUAUUAAAUCCCCUUCUCAAUAUGGCUUUGCAGAAGCAGCAAGAGGCUGCUGUGGAACUGGGACUGUGGAGAUAACCUCAGCUUUGUGCAAUCCUCACUCGAUAGGAACUUGCUCAAAUGCUACUCAGUAUGUAUUUUUUGACAGCGUCCAUCCAUCCGAAGCUGCUAAUAGAAUUCUUGCUGACGAGUUGAUAGGCCAAGGACUAUCCCUCAUCUGAUGAUGGUGUGUAAUCAUUUUUACUGAAUCUAUACACUAUAUAAGAAGACUUGAUAGUAUUUGCCCAACUGUCUUAAUAAUAUUAAUAUGUUACACGUACCAGACAAAUUUCUUGUGUUUCUACUUUCGAUUGCAGUGUCAUGUUAAAUUGUUUAUUUGUAAGUUUGUAAGGACCAGAACUAUUGAAAAGAUCUAGUGGUUGAAAGAA